UCUCUUCUCUAUCUCUUAUCUCUUUAUCCUUUUGUGGUCUUUUGGGUGCGUGCGAAUAUUUUUAUAUAAGAGAGACGGCGCGUGCGGGCGCUAAAGUCGGAAUGGGAAGGGCUCGCUGCUGUGACAAGCAAGGGCUGAAGAAAGGGCCCUGGACGCCGGAGGAGGACAAGAUCCUCGUCGACUACAUCCAAUCAAACGGCCAUGGUAGCUGGCGUUCCCUUCCACAACUUGCAGGUCUUCUUCGGUGCGGAAAGAGCUGUCGGCUCCGGUGGACCAACUAUCUGAGGCCAGACAUCAAGCGUGGUCCCUUCACCCUUGAGGAGCAGAAGUCCAUCAUCCAGCUCCACGGGAUCGUCGGUAACAAGUGGUCCACCAUAGCUGCCCAUUUGCCCGGACGGACUGACAACGAGAUCAAGAACUACUGGAACACCCACCUCAAGAGGCGCCUCCUCCGCAUGGGCAUCAACCCCGACACCUACGCCCCCGCCACCUUCACCUCCUCCCCCGGAACCACCGGCGGCGGCGCUUCUUCCUCCUCCUCUUUCCCCGCCACCCGCCACAUGGCCCAGUGGGAGAGCGCCCGUCUGGAGGCCGAGGCCCGGCUGUCCAGAGAGUCCCUCCUCUUCUCCUCCGCCGCCUCCGCCUCUGUCUCCACCUCCCAUCAUUCCGAGAGCACCCAUCCCAAGCCGGGGCCCGACUUCUUCCUCCGCAUCUGGAACUCCGAGGUCGGCGACGCCUUCCGGAAGCCAGUUUCUGCACCCCAGGAGAGCGCCCCCUGGGCCGGGUCCUCGCCGGAGUCGUCGUCGUCCACGAAGCAGAGAACAGCUGUGACCGUCUCGGCGAUGGCGGCGGUGAAGGGGGAGCCGUCGACGGAGAACAAGAGCUGCGUGUCGGGCGGCGGCGUUGAAGGUGGUGGUGGGGAUCAGGUGGCCGGGGUGGACUCGUCGGGGUCGAACGCGGUGGAGGGCACGUCGGAGGAGUCGUACGAGCUGUACCUGGACUUCGGUGGCGACGAGCUGGGACUGUUCUCCAGCCAUCUCGGGAGCUUUUCCCUCUUCUCUGGCGACCUCCACGACGCGUCGCUGGACACGGCAUUCAAGUGACCGAAUUUAAUUGCCCCUCGUUUUCUUUUAUGUUAUCGCUAAUGGAGCAGUACGAGGAGUAGGGAUUUAGUUACUGCCAUGAUUUUUGCUAAUGAAAUAUGGUGUUAUGGGAUUUCUCUUCGACCUUGUUAGCCUAGCUUGGAGGGGUGUCACACUGUCACGUUUUGGCCGGGAUAUUUGGUUUCCAGCUUCUGUUUAAAACGUGAAAGUAGGGGAUCUAGGGUAGAAUCCGAUGGAUGUUGUUGCUAAGGAGUUUUGGAACGGGUGAUGAUCCUGCUGUAACUAUUGAGCUAUUUAUACCUACAAGACCAUAUUAU